GAGAGAAAGAGAGAGAGAGAGCAUCUGAAGGCUCAUUCUGCAGCGGAGCAGGACCAGUUCAUCUGUGCAGACGGAGCGGACACCUGCGCGAACUAUGUGAAGGUUUCCUCUAGAGCAUCUCUGACCAUGCUGUUCCCGGCCUCAAAGUCCGAUGUUAAAUCUGUCCUGGACGGAGUGGCGGAAACCACCUUCAGAACCAUCACCUCCGGCCUGCAGUACAUCGGCUCCAAUGACAUCGGCUACGACGACCACAUUAUUGACGGAGACUUCUCCAAAAGCGGAUACCCUCUGCCCAAGCCGUUCGCAGCCUACCGCAGAAGCUCCUUCGCGGAUAAAGUAGCCCCAGAUGAGGAGCUGAUCGUCAAAGGUCUCCCCUUUUAUCCCACUAACAGCUCUGAUGUUUUCGGUAAUUGGAGCCAUGCUGAAGACGGCAGUCUGCAGUGCGGGGAGAACUUUAUGGAUAUGGAGUGCUUCAUGAUACUGACUCCCAGUCAGCAGCUAGCCAUAGCGGUGUUAUCUCUAACUCUGGGGACGUUUACGGUGUUGGAGAAUUUGGUGGUGUUGUGUGUGAUUCUGCAGUCGCGUACGCUGCGCUGCAGGCCGUCCUACCACUUCAUUGGCAGCUUAGCCAUCGCUGAUCUCCUCGGCAGUGUUAUAUUCGUCUACAGCUUCCUAGACUUUCACGUCUUUCACCGAAAAGACAGCCCUAACGUUUUUCUGUUCAAGCUAGGAGGCGUUACGGCAUCCUUCACCGCUUCUGUGGGAAGCCUGUUUCUCACUGCCAUCGACCGAUAUGUGUCCAUCCAUCGCCCGCUGUCGUACCGGCGCAUCGUGACGCGCACGAAAGCAGUGAUCGCCUUCUGCAUGAUGUGGGCGAUCUCUAUUAUCAUCGCCGUGCUGCCGCUGCUGGGCUGGAACUGCAAGCGGCUCAACUCGGUGUGCUCCGACAUCUUCCCGCUCAUCGAUGAGAAUUAUCUGAUGUUCUGGAUCGGCGUGACCAGCGUUCUGGUCUUAUUCAUCAUCUACGCGUACAUGUACAUCCUCUGGAAGGCCCACCAUCAUGCAGUGAGGAUGCUGAGGCGCACGUCACAGAAGAGCCUGGUCGUGCACUCGGCGGACGGCACAAAGGUGCAGACCCCCCGACCGGACCAGGCACGCAUGGACAUCCGUCUGGCCAAGACGCUGGUGCUGAUCCUGGUGGUGCUGGUGAUCUGCUGGGGGCCUCUGCUGGCCAUCAUGGUGUAUGAUCUGUUCUGGCGGAUGGGGGACAACAUCAAGACCGUGUUUGCGUUCUGCAGCAUGCUGACGCUGCUCAACUCCACCGUCAACCCCAUCAUCUACGCACUGCGGAGUAAAGACCUGCGCCGGGCCUUCCUGGCCGCAUGUCAGGGCUGCCGCGGCACCUCCACCACCCCCCUGCAGCUGGAUAACAGCCUGGAGUCGGACUGCCAUAGGAACCAGCACCGCGCUGCUGAGAGCUGCGUCAAGACCACUGUGAAAAUCGCCAAACUGACAAUGUCCGUCUCAGCGGAGACCUCGGCCGAAGCCGUCUGAUUGUAUGAGCAGCGCAGGGCUGUGGAAAGUGCAUGUAGAAAUCUGUUAUAUGGAUGUGUGUAUUUAUAUACACACACUACCUGUACCUGACAAAAGUCUUGUGGUGGAUUUCAGUUUAAGAGCAACAAAUAAUAUCUUGACUUCUUGGUGAUCAUUUGGAAAAGUGUCAGAAGGUGGAUUAAUCCCAUGAAUCAUCUGCUGAUCUGCAUCCCAAUCAUCACCAAUACUGCAGAAGACCUACUGGAACCAGCAUAGACCAAGAUUCUCAGAGAAAUCAGUCAAGUCUGGUGAAGGAGAAAUCAUGGAUUGGGGUGGAGGACAUGACUUUUGUCAGGCAUUGUGUAAU